CUCUCAAUCCCAUCAUCAUCUUCACUCCACCAAACUCACCCACUCGCUUCUCCAAUCUCCACUCUUCAAUCCGCUAUAAACCCAAUAACAAUUUCACUGCCCCAACUCCUCUUCUUCCUUUUGCUUCCCCUUUACGUUCUCCAGGUCUCUUUCUCUGUCCCUUACAGAUAUGGCAGAAGGUGGGAGUGGAUCCCCGAAGCGUGUAGUGACGCCAUAUGAUGAAGCAAUGGAUGCUCUAUCGUCUUUGAUAACGAAACGUAGUCGUGCUGAUAAGAGCAACAAAGGGGAUCGCUUUGAUUUGCUCUUUGAUUAUUUAAAGAUGCUGGAACUUGACCAGGCAAUCUCAGAAAUGAAGAUCAUACAUGUGGCAGGCACCAAAGGAAAGUACUUAUCUAGUCAAUUAUUUCUUGGAAAUUUGCUAUACAUGUUUGGGCUCUAAUCCAUAUUUCCUUUCUGCAAAGGGAUCUACAUGCACUUUCACAGAAUCUAUACUCCGUCAUUGUGGCUUCCACACGGGACUUUUCACAUCUCCUCACCUCAUUGAUGUUCGUGAAAGAUUUCGUUUGGAUGGUGAGGACAUUUGUGAAGAAAAAUUUUUGGCAUACUUUUGGUGGUGUUAUGAUAGACUGAAGGAAAAAACUACUGAAGAUAUACCAAUGCCUACUUACUUCCGCUUUCUUGCCUUGCUUGCCUUCAAGAUAUUUGCAGCAGAGCAGGUAGAUGUUGCUAUUUUGGAGGUUGGAUUAGGCGGAACGUUUGAUGCAACAAAUGUGGUUCAAACACAUGUUGUGUGUGGUAUCUCGUCCCUUGGAUAUGAUCACAUGGAGAUUCUUGGAAAUACUCUCGGAGAAAUUGCUGGAGAGAAGGCUGGCAUCUUUAAGAAUGGGGUUCCAGCAUUCACAGUGCCUCAACCUGAUGAAGCAAUGCGUGUGCUUGAAGAGAAGGCUUCUAAGCGAGAUGUACCUCUUCAAGUGGCGCCACCAUUAGACUCCAACUUGCUGAAUGGUCUAAAACUUGGUCUUGAAGGUGAGCACCAGUAUAUAAAUGCUGGUCUUGCUGUUGCACUAUCUUCUAAAUGGCUUCAAAGGACUGGUCACCUUGAAAUCUCCUACUUGGAGCAAACCAGCUCACUGCCUGAGCAGUUUAUUAAAGGGCUAACAACAGCCUGUCUGCAAGGGCGAGCUCAAAUUGUUCCCGAUCGUUGUAUCAACAAUGAGAGCGAUGGAGAUCUUGUGUUUUAUUUGGAUGGAGCCCAUAGUCCAGAAAGCAUGGAAGUAUGUGCGAGAUGGUUUUCUCUUGCCAUUAAAGAUGACAACCCACAAAACACCUUGAACUGUCCAUCACAGAACAAUUUUCAAUCCAUGCUUGAAUGUGUUGACAAGUACCAUGAUGGAAAAUCUGGGAAAAAUCUCAUGCAGAUAUUAUUGUUCAAUUGUAUGUCAGUACGGGAUCCUCAGCUGCUUCUUCCACGUCUGAUGAAAACAUGUGCUACUCAUGGUGUCUACUUCAAGAAGGCGUUAUUUGUACCGAAUAUAUCAGUGUAUUACAAGGUUGGAUCUCAUGCUUUACCCCCAACUGAACCCCAAGUUGAUUUGUCAUGGCAAUUUACUCUGCAAAGAUUAUGGGAAAAUCUUGUUCAGGGUGAUAAAGGUGGAGAGGCCAAUAACACAGAUGCUGUUUGUGAAGAAGUUAAAGAUGAUACAGGAUCUAGUGUUAGAACUUGCAAAAACAGUGCAGUCUUUCCUUCUCUUCCGUUGGCUAUUAAAUGGCUCAGGGACAGCGUCUAUCAAAAUCGAUCUGUUCGCAUUCAGGUCCUUGUUACUGGCUCAUUACAUCUUGUGGGUGAUGUGCUGAGAUUAGUCAAAUAGUGAGACAUGGGGCCUAGUUGAAGCUGUCCUGUUGCAUGUCCUACUGCUUGGGAUAUAGAAGGCAAGCUGGUUAUAAAAGAUUUUGAUCAUUCUCUGGUAGCGCUUGUCAAUUGUGCUCCCACAAAUGUGAUAUGCUGUUGAUUUUCUGUGUUGUGUAUUUGAGGAGCUGUAUAAACUUCAGUGAAUUUUGACAAUGAAUUGGCAGAAAUUUUAAAAUUUGUCUUUAUUUUAUCUGUAACCAGGCCAUUGGGGAAACAGGAACAAUUCUUGUAAUGAACUACAAAUCACUUCCAAGGCAGAAUUCUUGUUCUUCCCUUUCUGCAAAUCAUGUAACAAACUCAUUGUUUAAUAUAAUAAAUUUGUUUUGGGUAUGAA